CCCUCCAUGGCUUACAGAUUUUCAGCACAGUGCAGUUGUGAAACACGCUUAAACAUGGCUGCCACCAGAUACCGUCGAUUUCUAAAGCUGUGCGAGGAAUGGCCAAACGACGAAUCAAAGAAAGGGCGAGAUUUAGGAACAUUUUUACGCCAAAGAGUCGCUAGUGCUUUCCGAGAAGGCGAAAAUACGCAGUUUCCGAGGGCAAAAGAUACAAGUUUUACAGGUGUAACGGUGGAAGAGUGCAGAAUACUACUGGCAACAGGAAACAUGCAGCACACAGAUGAGGAGAAAAAGGGAUUGUGGAAGACACUAAUGGAGCGCUUCUCCUCCAAACCUGAAGAUGGAACUCCUGAAAAAGCUGAAAAAUAAUCAUCAUAUUGCACUGAUCUUAUUUAUUCCCCUUUGCUCUUUUUCAAAUAAAAGGAUUAAGGUGUGUAUGUAAAUCUUCACUUCUAACAGCUGUAGCUCUCUUCAUGUUGAUCAUGUCGAACAGAGACUUCCAAGAAGUAAAACUGAUUGUUUUAUUUCAGGGUGUCUGCGGGGUCUUAAAAAGUAUUAAAAGUUGAUAAA